AUGGCUACUCGACUGAACCCCUUUGCUGAAUCAUGGAUGCCAAACGCCCCAAAACCUUCAAAAACUCCCAUAAUGUUUCCACAUGAAGUCACAUGUCAACCAUCUCCUUGCUUUGGAACUUUCCAAAGGCCACUUCUUCAGCCCCAGCCACCACUUGCAAUAUAUGGGGAGUGCUACUAUUUUUAUGGGUUCUGCAGUUAUUACUACACUUUGAGGUUUCAGCCUCAGCCCAUUCCUACUACCGUUCUUCCUCCAGGCAUGUUGAGCUGUGCUUUGGAUGAAAAGGACAUUGAAGAGAAGAGGGAUUCAAGGGUUUCUUGUGGCGAAAAUGGAAAAGAUUGGAAGGUUACUGGCGGGGUUGUACCUCGUCCUAGACCUAGGAUGAGGAAAAGCCGCAGUUUGGAGAACCAAGGAACCAGUAAGAAGACUCUUAAGCAAGUGUGGAAGCCGAGGAAGGCUAAGUCUGACGAUGGUGUUGGUGGUGGUGAUGCUGUUGUCUGUACAUCUUCUUCAUCUUCCCCCUCUCCUCCUCCUACAGCUCCUGUGAAAGAGGAUUCCGCAUUCUGCAGUUAUACUACUGUCAUGAUCAAGAACAUCCCAAACCAAUACAGGAGAAACGAUUUGAUGCAAUUGCUGGAUAUCUAUUGCAAGAAUUAUGAUUUGGAGUAUGAUUUUCUCUACCUUCCUAUGGACUUCUGGAGGAAGGAUAACCUUGGAUAUGCAUUUGUGAACUUCACUUCUGCCACUGCAGCUAAGAAGAUCAAAGACUUGUUACAUGGUUAUGUGUGGUGUGGUAAUAAAAUUCAAGAUGGAAUUAUUCAUUCCAAGAAAAUUUGCGAGAUGUCAUGGGCACAUAUACAGGGGAGAGAUGCACUGAUCAAGCAUUUUCUGGAUUCCUACUUCACUUGUGACAACAUUGAAUAUCUGCCAGUCGUUCUUUCACCUCCUAGGAAUGGCUCAAAUUCCGGGAUUUUGCCUAUUCCCAUUGGCACAAUGACUGGCCUGUCCAAGUCUUGCCGGCCAACCGAGAAGAAAUCGUCCAUCAUCACAAACUUGGCCCAUACUACGACUCUUUCUUGA